AUGUCGAAAGUGGACAAACUACUUCAGCAAUAUGAGGGCGAAAUUGUACCUCGAUCGUUCCGGGGAGGCUUCGUGUUCCUAAGUUACCUUGUCUCUUAUAUAGGAGCGGCCUUAACACUGGAACUACUGAACCGGCGAAUUUCCUGGAAGGGCUUAUCCAACCACCUCGUACUAGUUAGUGCUGCGGUGUCUAUGGGUGGGAUAUCGAUAUGGUGUAUGCAUUUUGUCGGCAAUCAAGCGAUAGUCCUGGGCGACGGCGAACCUGAACUCCUUAUCGACUAUGCCAGUCAUUUCUCUGCGCUCACCUUUUUCUUGCCAGUGAUUAUACUCCUGUUAGCUUUCACAGCUAUUGGCGCAAAGUAUAUGGUCUCUGGGCGGCGAAUAUGUUGCGGAGGUGUGCUUGCUGGUGGCGGUAUCUGUGGAAUGUAUUACUUGGGUAACGCUUCUAUGACUAACUACGACUGCAUAUAUGGCAAAACGUUCAUCGCGGGGGCGGUAGUUAUCGCAGUAGCUGCCAGUAUUAUGGCCCUAUCACUGUUCUUCCUGUGUAGAGCAUCUUGGAAAAAUUCGUGGAAGAAAAGAUCGCUAUCUGCAUUUUUGUUAUCUGGCGCCGUGUCUGGAAUGCACUGGGUUGCCGCUGUUGGCACGAAUUAUCGCUUAAAAUAUACAAAUGGCAAUCCCCAACUCUCUGAGUCAAGCCAUUAUAAUCGUCAUAUGCCUAUUGAUCCCCGCGCCCAACAGAUUGUUUUGGCGGCAGCGGUAUUCGAUAAGUCGGGAAGGAUUCUCGUGAACCCAGAUGGAUUGUUGCCCAGCGAGAAGAUUACAGACACUUAUGUGGAAAAGUCUCAAGGGGAUACUUUCGGGAUUGCUCAUCCGCUUUUCCAUUGGAUGUUUCAAGUAUCGAGAGAUUGGAAUAGCGUGGUCGGUAUGGUUGACGGUAUGGCCAAACAUCUCGCGCGUUUACCCAAGGAUAUCCGCGAUACCAAGAUUCGCCUCGUUGACGAUGACGGCAACCUAAUCGGAGAUUAUGAUACCAUAUUUCGCGAGUUGUUCUGUGUUGCAGCUAUGAAUUUGGCAACUAUGUUCAAAGAAAAGCUUGUCGACAUCGGAAUUUUAUGGGAUGAGAUCCUAGCUACAGGGGUUGACGAGUUACCCCAUACACUUAGCUAUAGCUUUGACAACGUUCUAGAAAAGGGCGGGCCUAGCAGAUACGGUAGAGCACAAAUUCUUCGGACAAUGUUUCGCCAGGAGCAUGGACGGGGUUUAUUGAUGUUUUUGGUCCGCCAUCUCGAACAUUCUGUCGAGGUGGAUCGACUCGAAGCUGCUGGUUUCCGGUUUGCAGAGCCUCACCAGGUGUGCGGUAUUAUUGGAUCCCGAAUGAAGAUAAAGAGCAGAGACCUCAAAGGCAAGCUCAGAAGCAUGGCAACGCUGGCCGAAGGGGGCGCCGUACUGCAUCGUGGAGUACAUCUCGGCUUCUUUGGCGUCAAGGCUCGCGUAGGAAGUUUCGGUUUCGACGUUGUGGUCAAAAAGGACGCCCGGAACUUGCUUCCCACUAUGCCAAUACCGCUUGAACGCUUGGAAUCGUGGCAGAUGGAUGUUAUUCGUCGACUUGGCAGAAUUGAUGUCCCUCUCCUGCUCCAAAAUCUUGAUGCGUUGAGGAAGCUUUCUCCUCGAGAGGCGCUUUUUGCUUCGCAGCUAUCGGACGCUCUGCAAUCCCUUCGCGCCUGGAUAGAUAACCCUGUUUUCGACGAAGCCAUAUUAACUUCUAGGGUAGUUCAAGUACCGUGCAGAGCUCGGGCUGGAUUAAGCUCGGAAUCUUGCACAAUGAUUGCUCUCUGCAUGAUGAUGCCGAUUCACGCCGGCGCCAGCAGUCCUCGAUGCGAGUUUAUACCCAUGAAUUUCUUUAAGAUUCAUCAGAUGGCAUACAAGAAUUCGCCUCACCUGGCCGCAUUUACACGGUAUGUGCAUCGAGGACUAUCCCCGACCGCAAAUACAGUGCCAAUCGAUAAACCGCCUGCAAUAUACCAACGAGCUGGGCGAGCCAUACUCUGGCGAACUGGGUUGGGCUCAUUGCGUCGGUUUAGGCGGACGAAAACUGAGGACUAUGCCACGGUUGAAGAGGGAUGCUCAACUCCAACGGAAUUGGUGCGGAGGCAUUCCAAUUACGAUUCAAAUGAAUACGCUUCUACAAUAAAUCGGUGCAGUCAAGGAUACGCCAAUCGCCAUAAAUCAUGGAGUGAUACGAUUUCGGACCAAGCGGCGGCGCAGCAAUCGUCCUCUUUCGGAGGCAUUAUGGUGUCACAGGAGAUCCAGGUAGAUAUAAUACAGAUCGACGAUGUUAGCGGUGGCGGUGCGUCUGCUCCGUCGAAAUCUCCUGUUGGCGUUGACCGCGUGACCAUGGUCAAAGCUGGAGCGGGUUUUGACUUUGGGACGACCGCUCCUCUAUCGGGAGUAGAAGAAGACAAUCGUGCUGUAGCCGAAAGAGAAAAAGCCAACGACGCCAUUACAUUUGUUGACGAACUAUUUGCUAUCUGUGUUGACGGACUUUGA